CCAAGGCAGCACUACCAGACACUCGCACCACAGCGACGCCACAUUUUCCUUGUCCUGUAAUAAAUAAAAGAAAUUCGAGUUCCUUCAAAACAAUAAGAAUAGUCCAAGAUAUUUUAUUUAAACUGCUAGUGAGUGACAAAGUUAUUCAGUCUCAUCGGUUUUAUGAAUUGUUCCUGUAUCUGAGGGAAGAAAAUAUUAACCAGAGGACAGAGCGUAGAUGGUCGAGAGCGUUGCGUUCAUUCGAGUCAAGAGGAUCCCGCCAGUAUCGUGUGGAUGCGACGUGAGUGCACUCGUACGUGUCAGUAUUCUCUCGUACAUUAAUUUCCACAUUAUUAUGACUGCUCAGUUUUUUCUUUUGAAAUAGUUAAUGUCAUUAACAUCACGUUACGUGUCUCUGAAACAGAAUUAACGCGUUUUUGAGUGGUAAAAUAAUGAAAUAUUCGUGGCGAAUACUGCGAUGAUUAUUCUCUGAGAUAAAUCACAUCCACUCAGAAGAAAAACAUGAGUGACCCAAUGAAGGAACUAAUGGCAGACCAAGAAGGCCAGGAGAGAUGCAAGCUCUGGGUAAAAUCCCAGACUCCACUCCUGCAGCCGUCAGUCCCAAGUCUCAAACGUCCAGCGGACUGUGAUCUCGACGAAUGCUUCGAGACUGAUUCAGAAUUUGAUUCGGUUUCCGAAUGUGGAGGAAAGCGAAGGAGAGUUGGUAUACAAAUGAAAAAGGAAGUUCUGAAUUUAGCCUGCGAGUGGAAAGAUUGCAGUUUCAAAACUUCCUCGAUUGAUCGUUUUGUCAGUCAUGUGGCGAGUCAUGUACCUGACUUGGAGAUUAAACUGACUGAGAAUGGGGAUCAGGUUUAUGUUUGCCAGUGGCAUGAUUGUGCAUUUGAGAAUGGAAUUUCAGCGGAGAUUACGAGACACGUGAAUUUCCACGCUUAUCACACGAAGCUCAAGUGCAUCGGAACUAAUAUCAGGGGGAGAAUUAAAUUACCAAAGUGUCAUCGAGAAAAUCUGGGAGUUAACAUCUUCAACAUCUCGUCCCCUCAAAUAUGUCAGUGGGAAGAAUGCCUGAGGACGUUCAACAAUUUCCAAUUAUUUUUGUACCACAUUAUUCAACACUUGGAGAGCAACCCUCGGGGAAAUAAAGUCGAGGGUGGAGUGAGCUGCAAAUGGACAGGGUGCAAGGGACAUUUUCCCAGUCUUUAUAAGCUGAAGGAUCACAUCAGGUGCCAUACAAAAGAGAAAAUCGUUGCAUGCCCAGACUGUGGGGCUGUAUUCGCCUCCAAUACCAAGUUUCACGAGCAUUGUCGCCGACAAAUUCCUCUUGAAGUUCAGGGAUUCCAGUGCUCGUACUGCACGAAAUUCUACCCAACAGAAACGAUCCUUCGUGAACACAUGAGGUUCCACGUGUUCAGUCACAAAUGCAAAAUCUGCGACAUGAGCUGUGAGUCCCCAGCUAGUCUGGUGAAGCAUAUUAGGUACAGGCAUGUGUCAGCAAGGCCAUUUCCCUGUCAACUGUGCUCGCACUCUGCCAAGUCUCAGCAGGAUCUCGAUUCGCACAUGACGGUCCACACGAAUGGACCCAAUUUCUUCUGUAAUUAUGAAGGGUGUAGUUACACGUGCAAGAAUGCUUACGUAUUUGACAGGCAUAUUGAGCGGGUUCACAGUGCCGAAGUUCGUUGGUACUGUUGCCACGAGUGUCCUAUCAAAUAUCGAAAGAGUUACACUUUGACGAAGCACCUGGUGGAGGUUCACAAUCUCCAGUGGCCAAAUGGCCACAAGAGGUUCCAGUACACCAGGGAGGAUGACGGUUGCUACAGAUUGCAGAGAGUGAGGUACGAGGACAUCGAGGACGAUGCUGUGGGAUCAGGAAAUGAACUAGAAAACGCUGGUGAACCCAAAAAUUACAAAAUCAAACUCAAUUCCAACUGCGAAAUUCCCACUUUUGAGAUUGUUGAAGACACUGGAGAAGACGACAGCAACGUUGCCCUAGAAGUAAACACAGACGCUGAAGACAGUGUUGGUAAAUCAAUGCCAGUGAUCUCCAACAUAUUGAUUUCAAUCGACGAAGUGGACGCUUAUGGAAAUAUAAUCCAGAGUAAGAUAAUUCAGACUCAAGAAACAACAGAGCUACCACCUUCGGAGGAGCCUCCUGUCAUCCUGACAUGAAAGUCCCAUCAUCUCUAGGUCUCCAUAUAUUUUCCUACGAGAAAAAACCAGUAUCUGACAUCUGUGAUAGUCGUCACAUAGCAUCCCUGCAUGAGGAAAACCAUUUUCAUACCGUCGAGUUAAAUCCAUUUUUUAUAAUAAAAAUCCAAAAUAAACAUUUUUCGAAUGAACAAAU